CCCCGCUUCAAAUUUUUUGAACAAAAGACAAAAUAAAGAAGAAAUUUUUUAUAAAUAAGAUUUUCUUCGGAAUGUAAAGUUAAUUAAUUAUAGAAACAUUAUAGAUUUAAAUAAAAGUACACAAAUGCAAAGGGACAUUUAAAGAAAUCGUUGGGGCUGUGAGAAUUGAAUAGAUUUUCACGAAAAAAGACGUAUUGUGAAAUAGUCAAGAAAUAAUGGAUUUGAAGGGAGCUCUGGUAAAAUUAUCGCCAUUAAUGCAGUUAUUAGAGGAUAUAAACUACCAGAGGACAAAGGAAAUGCGGAAUUUGAUGAAGGAUGAUUCUGGAUUCGUUGUGCUGCAAGGGAAUACACAAUGGACUGAAAUUUUUGUUAGACAUUUCUUAUUCCAAAAUCAUCAAAAAGCCGCAAUUGAUUCUGAUGAUCUCUUAUUUUUUGUUCGAAAGAAGUAUAUUAAGGAAAGUAGUCGGAGUAAACCAAAGUAUGAGGAUGAAAUUGAGGUGUUUCGUAAGGAUUCAAAGAAGCUUCCAAUUGGUGACCCUGAUGUAGACUGGGAGGAAACAGUCUACCUGAAUUGUGUGAUUCAUCAGUUUGAUUAUUAUUUGACACUUGCUAUUUGUACAAGGACAUCGCCCAAAGAGCUUCAAAUUUUAAAAAGACAUUCACAAAGAGUCUAUGCUAGUCCUUCUAGACGAAAAAUGGACUCUAAAGGAGAAUCUGAAGAGAUUACGUACCCGCACAUAUGCUUCAUGGUCGAUAAUUUUGAUGAGGUUUUCAGUGACAUUUUAGUCCGUGACGGUGAGAUGGUGUGCGUAGAACUAGUCGCUAAAGAUCAUGAUGGAAGUAUUCAGGGAGUUAUUUUCCUAGGAUCCAUAAGAUAUGACGCACUCAAGAAGGUUUAUGAUGCACGACAAAGUAGUUUAAGUUCCAAAAUGGCACAACGAAUGACUUUUGGAUUAUUUAACUCAGCACCGCAGACACGAUGUGAAUUUGUUCGAAUGAAAGGUCCGGGAAAUAAAGGAUUUGCAGAAAUGGCAGUGACUAAACCAAAAGGAAGUGGAAUUGAAACACCAACAUCUGAACCUGGAUUUUGUAUGACCGAUAUGUUUGAUUCCGAAUGUGAAGAUGAUUUAGACGAGUGCUAUAAUCAAAAACAUCAACGACGACUUAGUGAUCCAAGUGCAAAUUUAAACAACUUUUCUAAGAAUGGCUGGCGUACAACAAAAUCAUCAAACAAUCAAGCUGGUUACGGAAACUCAAAAGCUCUAUCUCAAAACGAAGGUCUUGACUCGUUGGCUAAUGAAGUUUGGGAAAUUGAGGCCGGUGAUGUUCGUGAUGAUCGUCCUGCUUCGUCAUUAUCGGAUACAAAAUUGACAAGCAUAAGUCGUCGUCGUCAAAGGCAAACGUCCAAAGCAUUGACAUCUCCGACAGCAUGUUGCGAUUGCAUUCCAUCAAAAACUGGUGCUAGGAAUUCAAUUCAACUAUCAGAAAUUUACUGUCCUCCAUGUCCAGAUCAUAUCACAAAUUCACCUGCAUGCUUAUCGACAAUAAGUAAGCAUAAACAUCCAGAUCAAGUUAAGACGUUACUUAAUGUCGAAAGUGAAAUUGAAUAUUCAAAGAAUUUCAAUAAGAAGUUGAGUGCUAAAAAGUCACCACUGAAAGGCAAGAAUAAGUCAAAGACAAAGACAGAACAAGAAGUUUAUGAAAUUGGAAGUGAAGCAGCCGAUGAGGAAGACAUAGAAACAGCAAUUGACAUAAGUAAUAAUAUAAAAAUCGGAAUUAUGACUGAAAAUGAUAAGAAGAACAUGAUUCGAGUGAAUGGGAAAGAAGAACUGCCGUGUGUAGACGACAAAGAUGAUAAGACAAAGAAAUGUUCUAAUAAUAGAUCUUUAUCGUUCCUCAAAAAGUCAUUCGAAUGUAAAAAGUCCCCGAAGAAGGCAAACAAAGGUAAAAUCACAGAGUCAGCAAGCAAUAACAUCAAUAAUAACAACCCUGUUGAGAGUUUUGGAACUAAAAAAGAGUCAUUGACGAAAGAUGAGUCAGAUGGAAAUAACAAUUGUGAUGAGAAAGCAGCUGAUAAUAAUGUUAAAUAUUCAACAUUACCAUUGAUGAAUAAACAGAAAUUUAAGAAAGCGAUAGCAAUACCGCAAAGGAUUACGGCUGAUGGAACUAAAAUUCUGUAUCUGUGCGACUUGCCAAAGAAGAUCAAGAGAGAAUUAGACGAUGGACAAUACAAUCCUUUGUGGACAAGCAAGGGAUUCACUCAAACUUUUCAUUUUUGGAAAGAGAAUAGACGACAAUCGUCAACACCUCUAAAUUCAUUCCUUACUUAUGUGACACUUCCUUGGUACUCAAUAGCAAAGGAUCUCUUGGAUCAUCGUGAAAUGCCUAUUUUAACAUUUUAAGAUAUUCUUUUUAUUUUCGUUUCGUGAGCUUUAUGUGAUUUUUACCCAGUAAUUAUGUUUUGCUAAGUCCAUAUAAUGUUGCAUAGUAUUAGACAC